GGUUCCCUCGUUUUCCCCUCCCUCCUCACCCUCCCUCCUCUCCCUCCGCAGCCUCGCCCAUGUCGACCUCGGCAAUGACGGAGGGGAGGCCCGGCCCCCUGGACGGUCGCCAUGGCAACUCGGAGGCCCUCCGCGCGGGACCGGCCCUCAAACACGAGAGGUCGGAGCCGAGCGUAGGGAAGGAGGUGGAAGAGGCGGAGGAGGAGGAGGAGGGAGAGGCUGUCCAGGACCCCUCGAGGAACCUGAGGAGGCGACUGAGCGAGGAGCGAGCGGCCUACCGGAGGAAACUCCAGGCCUACCGAGAGGGGCAAGAGAGACAGGCCGUGUUGGUUCAGAAACUGCAAGGGAAG